AGUAGCAUCGUAAUCAACAAUAUCAUCGUUAACAACCAUGGCGCGGAGGCAGCAGCAGCAGCAGCAGGCUUCGUACGGGUCAUCGGCGGCGGAGACGAGCAUGUCGGAACCGAAUCCACUGAGCUGCUCCAUCGCCGUACAUAAGGUGCCGGAUUGCAUGGACCAAAUUAGCCAAGCCGUUUCCACUGGUUACCGCCGCGGCAAGACCCCGGCCGGCGGCGGCGGCGGCGGCAGCGGGCCAAUUAGCCCUGCUUGCUGCAGAGUGGUGAAUGGACUCCACGAAUUCUGCUGGUGGCUUCUUUUCACGAACAAGUACUACCCUGACCUCCCCGCCGAGCUUAAAGCCUUGUGCUCCCACCGCCCGUCGGUCCCCGGGGAAAACUCUGGUUAGAUGAGAUAUAUGGAUUCUUUUUUGGGUUUCUAGGAUAUUGAUUUUUUUGUCUUACGGCUCUGUUUUGCAUAUUUCUUCUUUUAUCUUUGUAAUGUUUCCCCGUCCAUUCAACCCGUUGUUCGUAAUGAAAUUCACUCCAUAACGAUAAAUAAAAUUGGUUUGA